UCAGUAUAGAAGUUAUUUCUUUCGUAGUAUCACGUAUCUUCUCUUAAAAUUUGAUCUUCCUACAGUUUGUAAGUGAUUUAAAGUAAUUUCAUUUUAUACGUAUAUUUAUUAUGCUUCAACUCAAAAAGUUAUUGUAAGCAAAAUAUACCGACGAAGAUAUUGAUAAACCCUUCAAAUAAAAAAGAUAAAUAAAAAAAUUCAAUAAUGAGUGAAAACAGAAACCAAGUUGAGCUAAGUACAAUAAGUGCUAAACUUACUAAAGAAAUAUUAGAAAGUAUACUUGUUGCAGAACAUAAUGCAAGAGAUGUUAAAGUAAUUGAUUGGGAGUUUAGUGAUGCAAGUGCUAAAGGUGAUGGUUAUAUAGCAAUUGUUAACAAAGUCAAGGUGAAUGGCAUUGAUAAUGGCAAACCUGUACAAACUGAUAUUGUGAUAAAAUCAUUACCUCAAAAUUUAAGUAGAAGAAAAAUGUAUCGAUGUACAGAUUUCUUUCAAAAUGAGAUAGCAUUUUAUACUAAAGUUAUACCAAAAUUUAAUGAGUUUCUUAAAAGCAAAAAUCAAGCUCAUAUUCUAAGUAUUCCACGUCAUUUAAAAUCAUUAGCAGAUGGUGAAAAUGAUUAUUUAAUUUUAGAAAACGUUUGCAAUUUAGGAUACGGUCCUGUAACUCGUCAAGAUUGUGUAGAUAUGGAACAAUGUACUAUUAUUUUAGAAGCAUUUGCUACUUUCCAUGCAAUUUCGUUUGCAUACAAAGAUCAAAAUAAAGAUGAAUUUAACGAGUGUGUAUCGCAUUUAAGAGAGACAUAUUUUAGUCCUAAAUAUUGGAAUUGGUAUAAAGAAUUUCACAAACAAUUGUUGAAAAUAGCAACGUAUGCAUUAGUUACCGAAUAUCCAAACAGCGAAGCGUUAAAGCGUUUGAAUUCUUACAAAUUUGGUUCACUCGUGGAAAUGUGUUGCAAAAUAUGCGAUCGUAUAGAUGCUCCAACAUCAGUUGUAAGUCAAGGAGACUCUUGGGCCCCAAAUAUUUUAGUACGCAACAUUGAAGGAAAUAAAAAGCAAGCUUUAUUACUUGAUUUUCAAUUGGCACGUUGUGUAAGCCCAAUUCUUGACCUAGCAUUCUUUAUUUAUUCUUGUACGAACAAAACUCUUAGAGAACGAUUCGACGAUAUGUUGAAAAUUUAUUACGACAAAUUAAGUAAUGUCAUUAAUUUACUUGGCUCAGAUGCUAACAAAUUAUAUUCCUGGGAAACGUUUAUGAAAGAGGUAAAAGAACACUUUUUCUUUGGAAUUGUUUGUGCAUUAGAAGCAUUACCGUUUGCUAUGUUACCUGAGUCGCAAGCACUUGACUUGAAUACGUUAGUAAAAGAUGACGAACCAUUGAAUAUAGAUGAUGUAUGUAAUAUCGAUUGUUUGGAUACACAGACAAAAAGAUUACGUUUAGCGGAUGUAAUUGUUCAUGCCGUAGAAAAUGGAUUUUUGUGAAAUUUAAAAUAUAUUAAGAUCAUUUGCUGAUUUCAAUAAUCGAAUACACCGAUCAAUUUUGAAAUAAUUUAUCAUCGAUAUACAUCAAAUAUUAACAAAUUCAAUUACAUUUUGAAAAGAUUUCAGUAUCUUAUCACAUGUAUAUAUAAUAAUUUUCUUAUAUAAUUUAUACACCUAAUUUAAAGCAACAUUCCUAAUAAAUUUUUCAACUGUGACAUCUUUGACAACGUCUAAAAAAGAAGCAUAGAAGAAUAUCGAAAUACUCAAUUAAAAACACUCGAAAAACUAGUUGCCAUAAUAGAAAAUGUAAAACAUUGACACGUGAAUAUUACGUAACAAUUUCAAACUUUCGAUCUAUAGUAUACAUAUAAAUACAUAUUUAAUGAUUUAACCGCGUAUAGUCGAUGCAUAUCAAAACGUAGAAAGAAAAGAUAUGAGCUCAUAUCGUUGAUUAUGAACGUUUGAAGAUAACAUUAACGGUAAUAUCAUGCAACGCAAAAUGUUGAUCGGUAGUAGAGAAAUGAUAAUAGUGAUUGGAUUCUAUAUUGGAUGAUGCGACCAACCUCUGAAAUAAUGUGUCGAUACUUGUCCGAAUUUCACUCUCUGUUGGGAGUCGUUAAUACGUAUUUAAGUAUACAGAUACGAACAAAUGACGAUUAAAUAUGCAUAUUUACGCGAUGCAUUAUUAUUCGACUGAAUAUGCAUAACACAAAUGGCGAACAUUUCUCGUACAAUAUCCAAACAACCUCAAUAGAUGUGGAAAACUAUCUCAUAUAUUUACUCUCUCUCUCUCUCUCUCUCUUUCUCUCUUUCUGUGUCACACACAUACAUUAUCACUCAAUAUUCUCAUUCACACUUACCCAUACUAUCUUUUCUUUUCUCUCACUCUCUUUCUUCCAUACACACAUAUUACUCUCUCACACAAAUAUUAUCUUUGUCUCUCUAACACAUCGACACUUUAUCACGCAUACAAACAUUCUCAUACAAAGAUACUAAUCUCAAUUUCUUUAUUUGUCUCUAUUUUACUAUCUGAUACGCAAUUAUACAUAAAUUGUUCUCUAUAUCUUACGUAACGUAUUAAUGCACACAUGUAUAAUUUCGUACACACUCAUAAAAUCGGUUUCGGUAAAAAAAUCUAUGGAAACAAUUUGCCCGAUCGAUAUCUAUAUCUUGUGUGUCAAUUCUUUAGAAAAAUAUACGUCACACACAAGAAAGUAAGCUUUACGAUAGGCGAUAAAAAGGAUAGAGACUAGUGCAUUGCGGUUUGAAUAAAUAUACUCGCCUCGAUGCUCACUUUGAAGGGGGACGUUCAUGGGCAAUUGGCCGUAAUGGAGCGAACGUAAAGAGAAGAGAAAAGAAGAGAAGAAAAGGGAAGAUAAACAAAGGGAAAAGGGAAAAGGACCAAAGGGAGAUGCGAAAUAUAUCGAUGUACAAACGUCGUGUCGAAAAUCGAUGGUUAUGUCGAGUACUUAUUAUACUAUGAAACACGAAACCCCCAAAACGAAAAAGAAUUAGGUUUCUUCUUUACCUAAAUCGAUCUAUUUCUUAUUAUCUUAUCUCAUUAUUUUUUUUAUUCUUUCGAACACAUUACCAAACAUUCGCAAUUCUAAUGUACUCUACGAAAUUUCAUGUUGAAUUUAUUUCUUAUUCAUACGAUCAAUAUUUUAUAUAACUCGUCUAA